AUGAUUCAUAACGUCCCGCAGCCCGUCUUCGAAGAGUUUGUCACGGAGGUGCUCGCCAAAGACUCGAAUGUAGAUCUCCGCAAAGGCGUUUCGUUUGUGUCGUUAGAACAGGUAAGUGGGACCGGAAAGCCGCCCAGAUUUAGGGAUGCUUAUUUGAAGGAUUCGGAAGGAGUUGUCACCACCGUGGAAGAGCGUGCGACAGGAUAUCAGUUCCAGAUCCGGUCGAAGUACCUUGUUGCAUGCGACGGCGCGCGGAGCAAAGUCCGCAGCUUCUUGGGGAUCGAGAGUGAUGGCGAGGACUCAUAUGAAACAAUGAUGACUAUCCAUUUCAAUGCUGACCUUCGUCCGAUCGUGAAGGAGAGGGUCGGCAUGCUUCACUGGAUAAUGGACCCUUUGGCGUCCGGGUUCAUCAUUGCGUACGACCUUUCCGGAAAUGCCGUCUUGAUCAGCAACUUUGAUGCGACCAAAUAUCCAGUCGAAAGCUGGAACCAAGAGCUUUGCCGUAAGGUCGUUGUCAGUGCCCUAGGAACAGAGGUACCAUUUGAUAUCCAUAGCUACCGGCCUUGGGUGCUGAGCCGAAAAGUAGCGAGAUCAUACCGGGCGGGGAAUGUCUUCUUAGCUGGAGAUGCUGCCCAUUCGUUUCCCCCCACAGGCGGCCUCGGAUUGAACUCUGGCUUGGGCGACGUGCACAACCUGGCAUACAAGCUUGCAUUUGUCCUUGCGGGACAAGCUGGAGACGCUCUUCUCGACACGUACGAAUCAGAACGACAACAUGUGGCUGUUGUCAAUUCGAUGCAGAGCGUAAAGAACGGAAAGAAGAUUUUUUCACUUCUCAAGACGUUGGGCAUCGGCGAUGAUCUGAUCACAGCGAGAAGAAAUUUGUACGCCAAUAUCAAAGAUCCCCAGAAAAUGAAGGUGAUUGAUCAAGGUGUCGAAGAGCAAAGAGAGCAUUUUGACAACCUAGAGCUUCACAUCGGAUAUGUGUACGGCAGCAAAGAAAUCCCUCCACAUGCCUCAAAGUAUACCCCCAAGUUCGAAGUAGGUGCAAGGCUGCCUCACGCCUGGAUUCGCCUCCCACACAGCAGGCUGAAGCCGGUCGACGUCUCAUAUGUCGACGAGUUCUCGCCGGCAGACCUGGAGUCCCACCGCUUUAGUACUUUGGAUCUGUGUGAUCUUGACAAAUUUACCCUGUUAGGGGAGCUCGAUGUUCCUGGCGUAAAGACCUGCCGGGUUGGUCGCGAUUUUGAGGUCAUUGGCGAGGCAGGGCAGAAGUGGUUGGCCGCGGCCAGGAUGGAUGUAGGAGGAGGGCUACUUGUGAGGCCGGACCAACAUAUUUUGAUGUUGUUGGAUGUUGGCACCACGACGGAAGAGGUCCAGAGGCGCUUGAACGCACAUCUGGGUGUUUAG